CCGAUACUCGAUUGAGACACUUCCAUGCCAUGAUCAUGCUACCACAGUAGUCAUUGCAUUCUAUUGGGGACAUGUGUGCAUCUAGCGAAGUGUCGCUCUCUGUCUGACGAGAGGCCGGGUGCGGAUUAACGGCUGCAGAAACAGUGGACGCAGACGCGACAAGACAGACAGACGGCACUUUGUUGCAACAUGUAAGGCUGGUGUUGUCAUUUCCCUCCUAUGCACCCCAUGCACCAACGGGUACGUACCAAGAACGAAAAAUAAGACAGAUGGAUCAAAGAUAUACAGCACGGGACAGAGAAACGGACGCAAAAAAUACCGGCUGACGGACGGACAUGUGCAGUCCAUGUAAGUAUCGAUUAUGAAGCUGUCGCUUCCUUCUCUUUGCUCUCGUUCUUCUCAUCAUCAUGGUCAGGCGCUGCGCCGCCUUCUGGUUGAGCCGCCUGCUGCAGACUUGAAAACUGCAUCGAGACACCCUCCCUUUGCCGCUUCUUGUCCAGCCAGGUUGACCUCACCCACAGGGCCGUGAAAAAUGCACACGCCAUGAACAUCACAAGCGCGGCGAAACCAAAUGCUGUGGGGUAAUUGAUCUUGUCGGCCAGAAACCCCGCACACGGCGGGCCCAUGAGGAGUGCCACCCCGAUACCCAUGUAGACAAACCCCAGAGCACAUGGCAGCUGGUCCUUGCCGACGAUAUCGGCACAUAUGACGGGCGUGAGAGCGAUGUACGCGCCGGAAGAGACACCGAAUACCACGGCGAAGACCAUCAGCCGGGCAACGUCGGUGGCGACGGCGAGGAAGGCGAUGUCGAGAGCCAUCAGUGUGGUGCCAAUCCAGUAGAUGCGAAUGUGCCCAAACACAUCUGCGGCCUUGCCAACGAGGCCUCGGCCGACAGUAGAGCCAGCACCGAAGGCCGUGACGCAUAAGGCGGCCUUAGAUGAAGAUAGGCCGUUCUCCAUGCCCCUGCAUCCAAUCCACGCAGAGACAUGAGACCAGACGGAGACAUGUGUGUGGGCGCCUCGCCUCACCAUGCGGGCAGGUGUGCGAAUGGGGAGAAGUAGGCAAAGCCUCCACAGAAGCAGCCAAGGAAAAGCAGGACAAACCUCGAGUCGCGGAAGGGGGAGACAUCGAAGUGCAUGGGGGGCAGCAGCCGCAUCAGGGAAGACUGCUUCUUCAGGCGCUUGGAGGGCGACUGCUGUGCAGGCACUGAAGCCUUUUUUGCCCCACAGCCACCACCCUCCUCAGCCUGCGAAGAUGACGGCCUGGGGAUGCCGUUACUAGCUGCUGGGUCUUCGUUCUGGUCGCCGUGUGUCUCCUCCAGCGGCACUGUCUUGAAGUACCCGGCCUGCUCGUCGAUGACGACCUGCACGCCGGCCUCGUCCUCGUCACUCGCCGCACCUAGAGACGAUGACGUCUCUUUGGCUGCUUGCUGAUGCUUCCCAUCGCCUUCGGGCUCGUGGUGCUGCCCGUGGGGUAUGUUGAAGAAGAAUGAUGCGAAGAGAAUGGCACCCGAGCACACGCCAGCCUGGAACCGGAGGGUGUCUCGCCAGCCGGCUUGGACGAGAAGAGCAUUGAAGGUGGGGGCGAGGGCCAGAGUGCCGAUGCCGCUGCCGCACACUGCCAGGCCUGCAUAAACGCGUGUGCGGCGUGGGAGGGGAGAGACAUGGCAGGAAAACAAGUGGUCUUACCUGUUGCAGUGGCCCUUGUCUUUGAGAAGUGUAGAGCGAUGAUCGUUAUGCACGACCUGAAAAUGCACACGGCACAAUAAGGGGAUGUGACGGUUUCUCGAUGGACAUGUACGUAUCAUAGACGGUUACAUGUAUGAGAGGCCGAAGCCCUGCCCCAGGACGAUCCCGUAGGUCAGGAACAGCUGCCAUAUGUCCGUCACGAAGGAACUCAGCAGCAGACCGGCCAGCACCAUCACCGUGCUGACCCUCGCCAUCCUCCUGUGGCCGUAGUUCCUCACAAGCGCACCGUUGACGGCACCGAAUAAGUAGAAGCAGCACACCAUGAUGGAAUACACGAGAGCAGCCAUGGCCUGAACACACACAGCACACACAUGGGGAAGCGUCAUGCACCAUCAGUUGGCGCCUUACGUACCUUGGUGGUUCCAAAUGCCUCCAUGAGGAAGGGCAAGAACACGCCCUGCGGGCACAAAGAGGAGAGGAAAGACAAUUGAUGGCGUGAUUUCUGGCACACGUAUGUAUGGGGUCUUUUGUCUGUGUUGAGCUGACAAAUGUGUUCAUGGUGCCAAGCGAGGAGAAGUGUACGAGCCAUGAGGCCAUCACCACAACCCAGUUGUGCCGCCAGUCAUCCAUCAUCCUGUUGACUGCGCAAUUGUCGCUGCGCUAUAAAGAAGGGGCCGCUCUAGGCUAUGCAGGCAGAGUGGGAGAGAUCGGCAGAACGGGGAAAGAGCCACGAAGAGAG